UGCUCUUGCAAUCAGACCCAGCGAGACUGAAAAAGAAAAGGCACGCUUCUGUUCGCCGCGCUGAACCCCAGACUAGGAGGAUGCGCCUCCUCGGUCGACUCCGCUCGUCGACUCCUGAGCCCGCCUUCUCCAACGUGCUCACCCCGGGCCGCAUCCCAGAGUUUUGCAUCCCUCCGCGGCUGCCCGUCCCUUGCGUUCCCGAAUCGCCGCAACCGGCCGCAGCACUACCUUGGCGCUGCGCGGCCGAACCCGACCUGUGGCUGCCCACCCCUACAGACUGCGACGAUAAUGACUUUGACCACACGGGUCGCACCGACUGGGACCCGCGCUCACAGGCCGCGCUCUCGCUGCCGCACCUGCCCCGCGCGCGCACCAGCUACGGCUUCUGCGCGCUGCUCGAGAGCCCGCACACGCGCCGAAAGGAGUCGCUCUUCCUCGGCCACCCAGGCGUUCCCCGGCCCGGACUUCGCCACCGCGCGCACACCUACGCGGGCACGCGCCGAGCCUCGGACCCUGCGCGCGCCGCCCCGACUGAUCUGAACACUGCCCCGCCACCUGCUCCUGUGCCCCGCGUGCGCCGCCUCCUGCGCGCCCCCGAUGGGCUGCUGAGCCGCGCACUGCGGGCCCCUCGGGGUCGGCCGAGUGCGCGCCCCGGGCCCAGUGGCGCCGAGCGCGAGCGCGCUACCUCCUGCGCGCCCCCGACCCCAACCGGCCCGGAUCGUGAACGCCUGCAAGCCGAGGCCAGCGUGGCUCUGGGCCGCGGGGAUUGCACGCUGCGCCUGGCCGCCGAGUACUGUCCGCGCAGCGCGUGUCUCCGCCUCCGCCUGCUGCGCGCAGAGGGCCCGGCCGCCGCGCUCGAACCCCGCGCCCUGGGCUGCCGCCUCAGCCUGGUGCUGCGGCCGUCGGGCCAGCAGCGCGCCAGCGUUCUCCGGCGCAGCCGCAAGGCCGCCCUGGACCAGGACUGCUGCUUCGAUGGGCUCUCGGAGGAGCAGCUGCGCCGCCUGGCCGUGCGCAUCAAGGCUGAGAGCAAGGGCCGCGGGCUGGAGCGUGGACGACCGCUGGGCCAGGGCGAGCUGCUGCUGGGCUCGCUACUGCUGCUCUGAGUCCGGAUUCCGUGGGAGCAAGGACACUGACAUUCAUUUGGCCUUGAGAUGCAUAUACUCUUGGCCCUAGAAGAUUCAGAGCCUCUUGGACGCUGACAGUGGCCUGGCCCUGGGACACACACACAUAGCCUCUUGUCUUAAGUAUACUUUCCCUUUUGUACAAAAUAA